AUGAGCGUCGGCCAAAUAGCUCGAGAUCUGGCUGGUAGAGCAUCUGCAGGCCUGGACUUAGCAGGAUCGCGUCUCAGACAAUCAAAUCAUGUCUUUAGGCGAGGAAAGAAUAAAAACGUUUCCACUAUAGUGAUAUGCGUAUUGGGUCUUUUGACGCUGAUAGCUGUAAUUCAUGGUUUCAGAGGUUCUGAUGAUUCAAUGGAUCUCUUGAUGUACGAUGAAAACUCGCCCGAAGAUGAGGAAAGCGGGUACGCAGUAGAUGAAGGCGAUUACCAAAAGGAAACUCUCUCGAGCGCGGAAUCCUCGAAUUUCCGCACCAGCAGCGCAAUUCCAACGGACACGAGCAAGGCAUAUAGCGAGCUCAUGAAAGCUAUCAAAAAGUACUCUCCGGCGGGUGAAUUGGACCGCACCAAAAGUAAUGAAUGCGAACUCGGCGACAUUGGUAUCACAGACUCGUCGAAGUUCAGCAAAUUGACCGAACAAUCGUUACGAAACUGUUUGCAAAUCCCGGACGAGACAGUCAAGAUGUUACGGGUGGCCCAAGAAGACUUCAGGAAGGUCAUGAUUGAUGAUUUACUUCCUAGGUUUCACAACUUGGACCCGCCUGCUUUUAGGGGCGAAGGUAUAGUAAUUUCGGCUGGCGGGAAGUUCUCUCUUUUUGCGCUACCAGCAAUUAAAGCAAUUCGUGAAAAUAGCGGUGUCAAAUUGAAGCAUGCUAUUCCAAUUGAAAUUAUUAUUCCUCCCGAAGACAAAGCCGACAGAGGCUUCUGCGAGAACGUGCUUCCAAAAAUCGAUCCAUCUGGGCUCACAAGAUGUGUUUUUCUGGAUGAGAUAAUAGACAACGAGACACUGUCACAUAUGAACGGUUACCAAAUAAAGGCCCUGGCUCUGUUGGUAUCUAGCUUUGAGAAAGUUCUGAUGCUGGACGCGGAUAAUUACGUCGUCAACUCCAUCGAUGACUAUUUCAAACACUCAACGUUCAAAGACAAAGGGCUUAUUUUAUGGCCUGACUACUGGCGUCGCUUGCAUCACCCAAAGCUGUACGAAGCCAUGAAUUUGGAAAUAGACAGAAAAGAUAUCGCUCGAAAUUCAGUUGAUGACACGUCUCCUAACUACAUGUACAAACAAGAUGCUAAAGAUACACCAUUUCAUGAUCUGGGCAAUGCUAUUCCUGAUGGCGGCACUGAGUCCGGUCAGUUGAUGGUCGAUAAGAAAAAGCAUCUUGACACACUGAUGUUGAGUCUUUAUUUUAAUUAUAAUGGCGAUUCGUACUACUAUCCGAUGUUGGGACAAGGGUUUGCUGGUGAAGGUGAUAAAGAUACGUUUGUUUUGGCUACCCGAGUUCUGCAUGGUAAAGAUUCGUGGUACCAGGUCAAGACUCCAGUGGACGCCUUAGGCCAUUGGGCUGACUCAAAGGACGAAAUCAGGUUGACGCCAGAAGAGCUAGAAAAGGCUACAGACGACAAAUCUUUCAGAGGAACCGCGAUGUUACAGCACGAUUAUAUAGACGACAGCAGGUUCCUUUCCUUGGCGCACGAAGUAAUUGGAAACACCGUUCGUGAUAAAUCCCAACAGUUCUGCGAUGAUUGGUACAAAACUCACAAGGAUCAGUUCAGUGAUAACAAUGACGAGAGACGCAAGCAAUGCGAAGAAAGUGUGGAAGUUCAAAACGCAUUUCAUGCUCUUAUGCGGAGUUCGUACAAAUUUGAGGACUACCUCACUUUCUUCAAGUUUACUAAAGUAUCUUUUGUACACUCUCAUUUGCCCAAAUAUGAUCCCUGGGAAUGGUACCAAUCCGGUGACAUGAUGUAUGAUGGUGCUAAGGCUCUCAAAAAUCACAAAGAUGAUCCGGAAUACAAAUCAGUUAAUUCAGGUCACUACCGCAUGUACGAUAACAAGCUCAAUCAAGUGACCAGCUACGAUCUCGAGCUUGCCAACUGGUCCACUUUCCAUACAUAUCUAUGCGAUAUGAAGGAUGGUUACAAGAACUUUGGCUAUUUGUCCGAUAAGAUCGCGGCUAGCAAGUCCUCGAGUCAAAGCUACAACGACAUGUGCAAUUAUAUCGAGGCCAAAGUAAAGUAUCUGAAGAGUACUACCUGGGAAGACUUUGGCAUCUAG